AUGCAUCGUCUUUUUGCUGAGCUGGAGCCAUCUUUAACCGUCACAGAGCAAAACCUGGCAGACCGAGUUCGGUAUAUCUUGCGCUCAAAUAUAUUUGAUGUCGCCGAACUCGAACGGCUACGACGUGAGGCUGUUCCCUCGUCGGAUGAGAAUGCUACGGCUGAGGAUGCGGCGCCACAAAUGGUAGAGCAACCCGCAAACGUGGAUGCCGCCGUGAAUACCCCAGUUGUGGUUGAUUCAAACGAUGAUGGAACAGUCGCCCAGGAACUGGAACUAGAGCAUAUGAGGAGUACAUUGGAAGAGGCGAUUGUGGAAACGCGCAGUACGACUCUCGAAAAUCGACCGCGACUUCCCCGCAUAGCCCUAAGCAAGCGGAAUCGGGCUGUCGUGAGGGCUCUGAACCCAAUGCUGGUGACCUAUUUGGAAGCCAGCCGGGACCUUUGCGAGACGGACUCAAUUCUUUUUGGCGCCGCGCUGGCAGUCUGCCGUAUCAUAGGCGCCAAGGUUUCCACGGCUGGACGCGCUACUGGCCAUAGUAGCGCUAUCCCAGCCUGGAGAAGAAGAAUUGAGGAACGUAUCGCAAAGGCUAGAGCUCUCAUCGGCAGACUGAUAUGCUUCAGAUCAGGCAACAACAGGCCAAGAAUUGUGCGCACCGUCAGGAUGGCGUUUGCUGGGACAAAUGUCAGUUUGUCCCAGCCGGAUAUAACGCAAAAACUGACGGAGCGCAUAGACGAUCUGAAGCAGAGAGUCGCUGCUUGGGGAAAACGGAUUCGGCGAUAUACCGAGAGGUCGACACGGUUAAACCAGAAUCGUCUCUUCCAGAGUGAUCAGAAGAGGCUCUAUGAAUCAUUGGAGCGACCAAUGGUAAGUGGAACGGGUCCAGCACCGAAUCAGGCCGACACUGUCGCAUUCUGGCGCGGCCUGUGGUCAGAGCCCGUAAACCACAGCGAGGGCCCUUGGACGGAAGUUGUGGCGAGUCAGUGUGCGGGUAUUACGCCCAUGGACCCCGUCAUCAUAACGCCGGAUGACGUAGCUGAGGCGGUCCGUAGGGCCCCGAACUGGAAAAGUCCGGGGCUUGACGGGCUGCAUCACUACUGGCUGAAGGGGUUCAUGGAACUGGAACUAGAGCAAAUGAGGAGUACAUUGGAAGAGGCGAUUGUGGAAACGCGCAGUACGACUCUCGAAAAUCGACCGCGACUUCCCCGCUUAGCCCUAAGUAAGCGGAAUAGGGCUGUCGUGAGGGCUCUGAACCCAAUGCUGGUUACCUAUUUGGAAGCCAGCCGGGACCUUUGCGAGACGGACUCAAUUCUUUUUGGCGCCGCACUGGCAGUCUGCCGUAUUAUAGGUGCCAAACUUUCCACGGCCGGACGCGCUACUGGACAAAGUAGUGCUACCCCAGCCUGGAGAAUAAGAAUUGAAGAACGUAUCGCAAAGGCUAGGGCCCUCAUCGGCAGACAGAUAUGCUUCAGGUCAGGCAAUACCAGGCCAAGGAUUGUGCGCACCGUCAGGAUGGCGUUUGCUGGGACAAAUGUUAGUUUGCCCCAGCCGGAUAUAAUGCAAAAACUGACGGAGCGCAUAGACGACCUGAAGCAAAGAAUAGCUGCUUGGAAGCGGAUUCGGCGAUAUACCGAGAGGUCGACACGGUUCAACCAGAAUCGUCGCUUCCAGAGUGAUCAGAAGAGGCUCUAUAAAUCAUUGGAGCGACCAAUAGUAAGUGGAACGGGCCCUGCACCAAAUCAGACCGACACGGUCGCAUUCAGAGCCCGUAAACCACAACGAGGGCCCUUGGACGGAAGUUGUGGCGAGUCAGUGUGCGGGUAUUACGCCCAUGGACCCCGUCAUCAUAACGCCGGAUGA